AUGCGUGGUCGAUCCCGAACGGGCCCCACCACGGCGAAGGCGACAAGGAGCUCAACGCGGGGAGCCGCACCUCCGGGUGGAGAGGCCGUGCCCGCGAAGACAGGCAGGAAGGGUGGGAACCGCGGAUCCGGAGGUGCGCGCACGAAGGGGAAGGGCCGGGCGAGCGACCCGGAGGAGCGUGGUCAUGCGGGUGGCGCGGGUGACGACGGAAGCGACGGGGAGGACGGGGAGGAGGCGGAGGUCGAGGCGGCGCUGAACAGCGACGCGUUGGACGAGGAGGAGGACGAGGAGCCCGCAGGCCCGAAGCGGAAACGCGCGUCGGUCAGCGAGGCGCGCAAGAAGCGCAGACGCGUGUCGGACAGGUCGUACAGGUACAAGCACGAGGAGGACGGCAGCGAGCCCUCCCUCGACAGCGACGCGCUCGACGACGACGAGGACGUGGGUGUAAAGAGGAAGAAACGCGCGUCGGUGGCGAAGGCUGCGCCCAAGAAGAGCUCGCCGGAGAAGAAGGCCUCGCCUAAGAAGGCUUCGCCGAGGAAGAAGCGGAACCAGGAGGAGAGCGAGGACGAGGAUGACGGGCUCGACUUGAAGGAUGGCCAAGAGGUCGUCGGUGUGGUCGUGCAGGCGCCAAAGAAGGGACGAGUCCCGCCAGGCCAGAUAUCCAAGAACACACUCAACUUCCUCUCCGAGCUCAAGAAGCCAGAGUGCAACGAUCGCGAGUGGUUCAAGCUCCAUGAGCCGGUAUACCGCCUCGCGGAGAAGGAGUGGAAAGACUUCGUCGACGCGUUCACGCCCCUGCUCGUCGAGGUCGACACCCAGAUCCCGCACCUGCCACCGAAAGACGUAAUCCACCGCAUCUACCGCGACGUUCGCUUCAGCAACGACAAGACGCCGUACAAGACGGGCCUCUCCGCGAGCUUCUCCAGGAGUGGGCGGAAGGGCAUCUUCGCGCAUUAUCAUAUCGCUAGUGAGUCUUUGCGUGCGAGGGAAGCGUUCAUACCAGGCGGAGAGAGCCUCAUCGCGGCGGGGGCAUGGCAGCCGGGCAAGAACGAGCUCGCGACAAUCAGGAACAACAUCCUCCGUUCGCCGAGACGCCUGCGCAAUAUAAUCUCUGAGCCCGAGUUUGUGCGCUACUUCGGAGAGGCGAGGCCCGACGCAAAGGGCGGCCGGAGCAACAUCUUCGGGCGGGAGGAUGAGCUGAAGAAUGCGCCGAAAGGCGUGGCGAAAGACCAUCCGGACAUCGACUUGCUCAAGUGCCGGUCCUUCGCUGUCGUGCAUCAUUUCCUAGACAGCGAGGUGGUAGCACCGGACUUCAAAGAAGCACUCUGUAAGGUCGUCAAAAUCGUCAAGCCGUUCGUGCAUUGUCUCAACGACAUGAUGUCCAUCCAAGACGGGGAUAGUUCGGAUGACAACGACGAUGGUGAGGAAGGUGAUGACGGCGGUGACGAUGACGAAUGAGAAGGGGGAAAUAGGGAGAGUAGCCGUUAUUUUGAUUGAUGGGCCCCGGUGACUUGUUGUAUGAUCUUUAGUUCGCUCUUGUUUUUGACGACGUCCUGGAUAUAUGCACGCACUCUACCUUUCCCUCGUAUUGUUGUACUCACUUGUUAAUGGAUAAUAGACCCACGGUGUCGCUAACGCAGUAGAUUGGGAGUUGCCGCACGGCGCAGACUUUGUCGCGGGGUCAAUGCGGUUCGAGCUGCGUGAACGUUCGCCCCUCAACGUCUUGUGAACAAGGAGCACACCAAAAAGCAUUCCAUUCGAACAUCCCGGAUAUUCAGAUCUACUCGACUUUCCGCUGGUCCCGAUACUGCUUCGCCCACUGUUAUUCGGG